AUGAUCGUGUUGUGGGUAACACUGCUUGUCCUUCAUCAAGGAUAUGCGCUGAUUCCAGUGAUCACGGUUCAACUUGGUGAACCUGCAAACUUCACAUGCGCUUUGUCUGAUGAGCUCAGCAGGAAAAAUGUCCACUGGUACAAGCAGAGCGCCGGUGAUACUCUGAAAUUAAUUGUGAAACUGAGUCAGUAUGAAGAACCUGAGUAUGCACCAGAGUUUUCUCCGUCAAAAUUGAAGGCACAUAGAGAUAAAAAUAUUAGUAACUUGACCAUUUUGAGAACUACCCAAAAAGACGAGGGAAUGUACCACUGUGGAGUCACUGACUGGAUUAAUACUGAAUGGAGCGGGACAUAUUUGUUAGUAAAAGAAAACAGUGAAAGGACAUCAAACUAUACUGUUGUUCAGGGGUCAACAGUAUCUGAUCCAGUCCAUCCAGGAGACUCUGUGACUCUCCAGUGUUCAGUCCUCUCUGACUCUGGGAACAAGACGUGUUCAGGAGGACACAGUGUUUACUGGUUCAGAACCGGAUCAGAUGGAUCUCACCCAGACAUCAUCUACACUGAUGGAAGUAGCCCUGAUGAAUGCAGAAAGAAAUCUGACAUGAAUUUGUCUCCAAAGAGCUGUGACUAUCACUUCUCUAAGAAGGUCAGCUCCUCUGAUGCUGGGACUUAUUACUGUGCUGUGGCCACAUGUGGAAAGAUAUUAUUUGGAAAUGGAAAUAACCAGGAACUUGUACAAACAACACAUUCACUAUUUAUUGGAAUAGUGAUAUUAACAGUCUGCUUGGCCGUUUCUGUUGUUGCAAAUGUCGUCCUCAUCUGCAACCAGAGUCUUAAAGUAUGUGAACAAUGUAAAGCUGCUGCUGCUCUGCAAACAUAUAUUGAAACAACCAGUGAUGGUCAACAGAUAUGAGGACUUGUUGGUUUAUUCUGCACCAACCAAGCAAACAACUGACAAAGCAGGGAAAAGGAACGCAAAGGCAGCGGAGGACAAUUGUGUCUACACAAAUGUCUUCUACUUACUUAAAAAACAGAAAUAAAUCAUCACGAUGGAAGAAAUCACAUUGAAUGAUAAAACAUUUUGGGAGA